AUGUCUCCCAUCGCCACUUUCAACAACCCUCUCGACCAGCUCGCCAACCUCGGCAGCUCGGCCCCCACAACUGCUGGCCACGCCUCCGUUGUCGACGCUCCGGUCGAUGCCGGCAAGCCUUUCGCUGGUAAGGUCGCCGUUGUCACCGGUUCCGGCCGCGGUAUUGGCAAGGGCAUCGCCCUCGAGCUUGCCAAGCGCGGCUGCAAUGUCGUUGUGAACUACGGCUCGAGCGCCAAGGCCGCUGAGGACACCGUUGCCGAGCUCAAGGCUUUCGGCACCGAUCCCAUCGCCAUCCAGGCCGACAUCAGCAACCCCACCGAGGUUGCCGGUCUCUUUGACCGCGUUAUGGCCCACUACGGUCACAUCGAGUUCGUUGUCUCCAACUCGGGCACUGAGGUCUGGUCGUCCGAGCUCGAUGUUACCCAGGAGCUCUUUGACCGCAUCUUCAACCUCAACUGCCGAGGCCAGUUCUUCGUCGCCCAGCAGGGUCUCAAGUACUGCAGCCGCGGAGGUCGCAUUAUCCUCACUUCUUCCAUCGCCGCGUCCAUGACUGGCAUUCACAACCAUGCCCUCUACGCCGGCUCCAAGUCCGCCGUCGAGGGUUUCACCCGAGCCUUCUCCGUCGACUGCGGCGAGAAGCAGGUUACCGUCAACGCCAUCGCUCCUGGCGGCGUCAAGACCGACAUGUACGACGAGAACUCUUGGCACUACGUCCCCGGCGGCUACAAGGGCAUGUCCAUGGAUAUCAUUGACCAAGGCCUUGCCAACAUGUGCCCUCUCAAGCGCGUCGGUUACCCCGCCGACAUUGGAAAGGCUGUCUCCUUGCUUUGCAUGGAAGAGAGCGAGUGGAUCAACGGCCAAGUCAUCAAGCUCACCGGUGGAUCCGCUACUUAA